AUGACAGAAUUUUUGUGGUAUAGCAUGCAGGGGGAUGAUAACCCCAAGAGCAAGAGUUUCAAGAGUUCAGUUACUGCUCCAACUGGCCAGUUUGAAGAGACAGUUGUGGUAGUGACUCCUGCUGAGCCGGCCUCCACUUCUACUGCUGCCCCUCCUGGUCCAUUCACCUCAGCAGACCCGGAGAUCCCAUCUUCCCGGGCCCAACCCAUUACUGCCUACCGGCUGAGCCAGGCACUUCUGAGUAUCAAUAAUUGGAUGCAGACUGCCUCAUCCAAGUUGUCCAUCCUGACCACCACUGUAGAGGCUCAGUCUCCACCCCCACAGGAUCCAACACCAGCAAUUCAUCCACAGCCGGAGCAGUCACAGAGGACUCCCAAGAGGAAGACGAUGAUUCCUAGAGCUGAUGAUGCAGUCAUCCAGCUGGUAGACCCGCAGGAGACCUCCUCCAGUCAGCCACAGGAUGCACCACCUUCGGAGCCUGUCCAGGUCCAGGCCCAGGUCCCAGUAGCAGAGCAGCAGGCCACAGGGAACCAGACUAAGGUUCCCGAGCACAGAGAGGACCCAGGGACCACACAUGAGCCUAUGUAG